CAGAGGAGAGUCGAACACACAGUCCUCCAUUACCACUACACCCAGUGGCCAGACAUGGGCGUCCCAGAAUACACUCUGCCUGUCCUGUCCUUCAUCAGAGCGUCCUCUCAGGCACGGACACAGGAGAUGGGACCCGUACUGGUACACUGCAGCGCCGGUGUCGGAAGGACAGGAACUUACAUAGUGAUCGACAGCAUGCUGCAGCAGAUCCACGAUCAGGGUACGGUGAACGUUCUUGGUUUCCUAAAACAUGUCCGGACACAGAGGAACUUCCUGGUUCAGACGGAGGAGCAGUACGUCUUCAUCCAUGACACUCUGGUGGAGGCCAUCUUGAGCCGAGGCACCUUGGUGACCUCUGACCUCCUCCACACUUAUGUGUCUGACCUCCUGACCCCUGGAGCGUCAGGCAGGACACGCAUGGACAAGCAGUUCAAGCUGAUCAGUCAGCGUCAGGCGAAGCAUGCAGACUACAGCACCGCCCUGAGAGACGGCAACGCUGAGAGGAACAGAGCCAGAGCCCUGAUGCCUGUGGAAAGAUCAAGAGUGUGUCUGACGGCUUCAGAGACAAACUCCACAGGGUACAUCAAUGCUUCCUAUGUCAUGGGACAUCACCAGAGUAAGGAGUUCAUAGUGAGCCAGACUCCUCUGAGCAGCACAGUGGCAGAUUUCUGGAGAAUGAUCUGGGAACACAGCACACACACUGUUGUCCGUCUGCCAGAUGCACACAGUCAG